GUGGGCCGGACGCGCUGAAACUUCUAGCGGACAGGACAGCUGCCGACUCCAGCGAGGAGACGGAUGAAACAACUGCUAUCAAAAGGUCCCCGAUUACUUUAUUUGUGUAUGUUUAUUUCCUAUAUCGUGUCUCAUCCCGAUGGCAGAAGCCCGGCGUGAGGAGGAGGAGGAGGAGGAUGAUGGCAGAGAUCUGCGGGACAGAAACCAGACAACAGAUCGUCCUGAAAGAACCAAGCCAGAGCAUUUACAUUGCAGUCAAGGACCUCUGUCUUCUAUACGAGCUGCUAUCAAACGAACAAGAACAAACUCUCAGAGCGACAAUACCAGAGACAGAAGGCGACCAGAGAUCACCAUCGUCUCAGCAGAACCUCUGGCCAACAACAACUGGUUCUCAGGAACCUCUGUGGUUUUACCUCCUCCUCAGUCAGGCUGGUCUGCAGGCAUCACAGCUGUCUCCCAGGUGAUUAAAGAGAAGACCCAGGAGGAACAUAUUGUAAAGCCCACUGCGGCCCCUCGCCGGACCUGCUGCACCGCCACCAGCGCCACACAGACUGACCCUGUGAGGGAAGACGCCUCCACCACCGUCCCACAAUGCACUGCAACUCCACCGUUAGCUGAGAAAAGACCUGCUGGUAAAAAGCCACAAAAACCACCAAGGCCCUCACUGCCAAAAGCAGCAAACAGAAAGCCUGAAGCAACUGAAACAGAAGAGAAGUUUGCCACAAAUACAGCAGCGGUUACAAACACUGAGGACCAAAGUGAUUCAAAGUCCGAUGUGAAGCCACUUGAAAAGGCAGCGUCCACUCAUACGUGCACCAGAUCUGUCACUGUACACUGGAAUAUUCCUACAAAUCCUCUUUCUGUCACUGCUGAGACUACUUCCUCUUCAAACUCAGAACACAGUCAACCCCCCGUCCCACGUCCUCGCACAAAAACACAAAAGCAGGCGAUCAAAGAGGAGGCCGCAGUUCAGACUUUGGUCAAGCUCAGUGAAAACUGUGACAACAUUCAAUCUGAUCCCCAAGAGGUGUCCUCGAAUAAAUAUUUAAAGGAGUUACUGGAGGUCUUCAGCGCAGAUAUCGAAGGUGAGGAGAACAGUGACGUCGUUGACCAAUCAGACGAGGCCUCACAUGGUGAAGAUGCUGCUGGCGAGAUGAACGACAGCCACAGUCAACGUAAUAUCCGGGCCAGGAUCCAGGCCUUUGAGAGCCAGGUCAGCACCGAGGAUGGAAACUCGGAACUAGUCAAACCAGAGCCUCGGCCCAGGAAGGCCACCACCAGACCACCAGUAGCUGCUAAACCUUCUGUAGCUCUUAGACCUCAGUUUAGUCAGAGUAUAGACGAUGACAACCAAAACAUAUCAGCCACAAACACCCCCCAAUACCCCCCACAAGCCCCCAGGCCUCUGCCCCCUAAGAAACCUGUGGGACUCUCUAUAAAGGAGGAGCUGGAGUCGAUACACAGCAGAGGGACCCUCCCUCAGAGAUCACGUCCUUCUGUGCUGACCAGAGCCAACAGCAUCCACGAUGAAGAGCUGUCACCGGUUCCACCUGUACCUCCAGUGAAGCCUUUUAAGGAGCCACUGAAACCCAACCUAAAUAUAAACAACCACAACUCAUCAUCCAUGUUCAGAGAGAACGAAUAUGUGGACAGUUCAUCGAAUCACGUCCCGGUCAAACCUCAGCAUAGCGUGGACAGCAAUGGAGGCUCUUUCACCAGACAAAGUUUAACAAAAAGACCAACCACCAUCAGGGUCCCCAGCAAAACCGGUUCAAUGUCAGAUAAUUUUCAGGACAGUCCUCCUCCUCUCCCGACUCAGAAGCCUGUAGGCUCCCUAACCACCUCAGUGAACCGCAGACAAAGCCUGACACCCAGCCUCUCCCUCCAGGACUCUUUCAGUACCGGGCCCCAGCCAUCACUGCCGCCUCGGAAGCCCAGUGUGAAAAAAACCCUCCCACCUCGCCCACCUCCAGCCAAAGCGGGGCCUGGCAGACCUCCCCCACCUAGUCGAUCUCACUCUGCAACGUGGGAGACGUCACCUAAACCCCAGACACAUAAACCCCACAGGAAACCCAUCUUACCUCCGAGGCCCAAGCCAGGUCACCGUCUCUACAACAAUUACACCCUCCAGCUUCCCCAUGGGAUUGGAGCCUUUGACUACAAUGGGAGUCAUACAGGGGAAUUGUCAUUUCAGAAAAAUGAAGUGCUUCUGCUGCUGGAACAGACGAGCCACGAUGAGUUUGAGUGCCAGAUCGGAGACAUCAGAGGCCGAGUGCACAAGUCUCGCAUGAAGAUCAUAACUCCUCUGGACUCAGACAUGUCUCCAGCACAGGGUGCUGGUCCGGCUGCUUCAGGUGGAGAUGGUUAUGGGAUGAAGGUGCAGGCUCUACAUGACUUCACUCCAGAGGGUCCAGGAGAGCUGGCUCUGAGAGCAGGAGACGUGGUGACCAUGGUGGAGCAGGUGGACGGCGAGUGGUACAGAGGAACCUGCAGGGGCUCUGCUGGUUUCUUUCCCAUCAACUACGUCAAAGUCCUGUCAAACUCACCAAGGCCCCUCCCUGAAAAGAAACCAAAGCCACCUCCUGCAUCAGUCAGCGGUCCGAGAUGUGUGGCAAGGUUCGACUUUGAGGGGGAGCACAGCGACGAGCUGUCGUUCUCUGAGGGGGACGUGAUCAAGCUGAAGGAGUACGUGGGACAGGACUGGGCACGAGGACAGAUCGGCGCCUCGACUGGCAUCUUCCCCCUUAACUUUGUAGAGGUCAUUGAAGAUCUGUCUCCGCCCCCGAGUCAGCAGCAGUCUGCCAAGAUAGCGCUGCCUGGAAUGGCCGCUGCUACUCCCAGUACGCACUCUGAACCUGUCAAACCUGCUCAGGCGUCCCAGUCCGGCGUGGAGUGGGUGGUGGCUGUGUACGACUAUGCGGGGAACUCAGAGGACGACCUGUCCUUCCAGCAGGGCGACUGUAUCCUGAUCAUCCAGCACCUUAACGCUGAGUGGAGCUGCGGGAGGCUCAACGGCAGAGAGGGCAUGUUCCCCCGGGCUUUUGUCGAGGCCAAAACAGAUCCUCAGCUGUCUAACAACCAGCAGAACGGAGCUGCCGGUGGUGCGAGAGCCAGAGCUCUGUAUGACUUCACAUCAAACUGUGAUGAGGAGCUCUCUCUGCAGGUUGGGGAUAUCGUCACCAAUCUAGAGUCCGUUGAUGAAGAAUGGUUUUCGGGGGAAUUGAGAGGAAAACGAGCUCUAGUCCCUAAAAACUAUGUGCAAGUGCUGGGAUAGGGACACACAGCCUUCCAUGCUGCUCAGCGCAACAACAAAAAAAGGGACGCAGCUGGAUGACCUGAGCUUAACUGGGAUCUUGGGAUGUAUUGUCAGCAGUUGAAGCCUGUAUUUAGCUGCCUUCAAAUGGAAUGCAGUAUUUCAUCGACAAAUAGUGCAACUCUUCUUCUGCAGCAAUUAAAUGUUUACAGAAUAAUUCAUGGUAUAAAUAAUAAAUAUGGUUUGCAUAAUGUGUUUGCUUGAUUUUGACAAGCUCAUCAUUUUGGAUUCCCUACUAACUGUACAUUUGCACCAUCUAGUGGUUUGUCUCUUAUUUUACACCCAUUAGCCAUUUACAAAGUGUGGCCCAUACUUUAGGGUGUCUUUUCCUUAUGUAGUGUGACAUGCAAUUGGCUUUAAAUAAAGGUCAGACCACCU